CCGGCCGGGCCGGGCGGGGCAGACACGGGGCGGGGCGCGGCAGACCCGGGGCGGUGCGCGGCGCCGCAGCUGGAUGGCUGGGGCCGCCAGGAGCACUGCCGCCACCGCCGUACGCACGUGGCAUGUCUGGAUGUCCCUGCCCUGGCUGUGGCAUGGCGGGCCAAAGGCUCCUCUUCCUCACUGCUGUUGCCCUGGAGCUCCUGGGAGGGGCUGGGGGUUCCCAGCAGGCCCUCCGGAACCGGGGGGCUGCAGCAGCCUGUCGCCUAGACAACAAGGAAAGCGAGUCCUGGGGAUCCCUGCUGAGCGGGGAGAGGCUGGACACUUGGAUCUGCUCCCUCCUGGGCUCCCUCAUGGUGGGACUCAGUGGCGUCUUCCCGUUGCUGGUCGUUCCCCUGGAGAUGGGGACCACGCUGCACACAGAAGCUGGGGCCCGGCGCCUGAAGCAGCUGCUCAGCUUUGCCCUGGGGGGACUCUUGGGCAAUGUGUUUCUCCACCUGCUGCCCGAGGCCUGGGCCUACACGUGCAGUGCCAGCCCUGGUGGUGAGGGGCAGAGCCUGCAGCAGCAGCAGCAACUGGGGCUGUGGGUCAUUGCUGGCUUCCUGACCUUUCUGGCUUUGGAGAAGAUGUUCCUGGACAGCAAGGAGCAGGAGCGGACCAGCCAGGCCCCCAGCAAAGACCCCGCUGCUGCUGCCGAGCUCAGCGGAGGCCACUACCUGGCCCAGCCGGCUGCAGAACCCGGCCUGAGCGCCGUGGUCCGGAGAAUCAAAGUCAGUGGCUAUCUAAACCUGCUGGCCAACACCAUAGACAACUUCACGCACGGGCUGGCUGUGGCUGCCAGCUUCCUUGUGAGCAAGAAGAUCGGUCUCCUGACCACCAUGGCCAUCCUCCUGCAUGAGAUCCCCCAUGAGGUGGGCGACUUUGCCAUUCUGCUCCGGGCCGGCUUUGACCGAUGGAGCGCAGCCAAGCUGCAGCUCUCGACGGCACUGGGGGGCCUGCUGGGGGCCUGCUUCGCCAUCUGUACGCAGUCUCCCAAGGGAGUAGGUACGGGCGUGGUGGGUUGGCAGGUGGCGGUCAGCAGAGGGGCCCUGGCCAAGGGCAGUAUCCAGGCCGGGUUCUGCCCCCAGUCUACCCUGGGAGGGGGUGCAGUACACACGGCUUCCCCGGGCUCCCAGCCAGUCAGGCCUUCUCCCGCUGCAGAGGAGACCGUGGCCUGCAUCCUGCCCUUCACCUCUGGUGGCUUCCUCUACAUCGCCCUGGUAAACGUGCUGCCCGACCUCUUGGAGGAAGAUGACCCGUGGCACUCCCUGCAGCAAGUGCUUCUGCUCUGCAUGGGCAUCGUGGUGAUGGUGCUGUUCUCGCUCUUCGUGGAGUAACCACCCCUGACUCCCCCCCACCCCCCGCACAGCAAUAAGACUCGGAUUUACUCUGUGACCAUGUGUGAGGCAAAAGAGGGCGAGUGUGUGUGCGAGCAAGCCUCUGACCAGACAAGAGGAUGGGGUGUGUGCUUGCGUGCGUGGUGUGCACACGACCAGGUAUGUGUGAGACCGACACUGUGAUUCCUUGUGCAAGGGCCCAGGGCCCAAGCCUGCGCCCACCAUGAACCCGCUGUGGUCCUCUCCGUCAUCCUCCCGGAGUGAGCAGUGAGGAAAGAGCAGCAUUGGUCCCAAGCAGAGGCCUCUCCCCACCAGGACCCUAAGGAGAGUGAAGGGAGCCCCAAAGCUGUCUCCUGCUGGGGCCUCAUGAGUCCUGGCUGAGGUAGUAAAAACCCUGCUCAUGCAGCCAGUCCUGGGGGGUCAGGCUGGGGUGACUUCUCUUUUGUACCCAUCAUCCUGGCCCUUCCUUUGCCAGCUCUAAGGCCAAAGAAGGGAAGCAGCUGCUCGUGUAACCCCUAGCCCCACUCAGCACUGACAGUUCUCGUCCCAGCAUGAGGCUGGGAGAUGCUUUCUAAGACCUUUUCCUCAUGGCUACCUACCCUAGGCCAGCUCCUGUUCCCCUGGCAGUGCCAGCAGCUCCUGCCACCUCCAGCUGCCAAACAGCAGCCUGCUGGGCAGCCAGAGCCAGGGCAGUCCUGGGCCAGAGGCCUCCUGGUCCAGCUCAGGGAUGCUCUUGCCAGCACAGGGUCCAGGCAGAUAUUCUGGAGGCAGAAAGAGUGAGGCAUGGCUGCCUUUCCCUGCUAUGGCCCCUUUUCCUGUCCCACUGUGGGUGGGAGCAAAGUGGGGGUAGAGAAGGCUCCAUGUUGUCAGCACUCAGGAAUGUGCUCUGGGAGAAUGCUGAAGCCAUAAUCCCCAGCUAUUUCCCUUGGCUGGUGCCCAGGUACACAGCUGGUCCACUCCACAGCCAGGCUCCAGCCCUGCUGCUUAACUGUGGACGUUUUGAGAAGUGGCCAUCAAGAGGGUCUGAAUUGUUUUAGUUUUGCUGUGGUUCGAUUUGUAACUGUAAAUACUUGUUCUGUAGAUAAGAUGCAAAUAAAUAUUAUACACAA